AAAUCAGACUGAAUAACAUCGUUUUAUUUAUUUAGAAACAGCGAAGAAAACAUUUAUAUCUAUAUACGAUUUUUUUUUUCUAGUGAAUUUCAGUCGCCCCCACAUCAUUUCUGUAAUCUAGCUAAUAGAUAUGUGCCUAUCACCAGCUCUGCGGCUGUGUACACGUGUUCGUCUCCAACACCUGCUACUUCCACUAACCACCCUCCUUGCCACGACUUCUGAUUUUCUGUUUUGUCAUGUAUCAAUUAUUUCCGAUCAUUAUCAUCAAUCCACAAUCGUGAUUUAACUCAUCUAUUAAGUUCCAUUUCUUGAAUUUCUUCAAAUUGUCACCAAUACUAAUAUCUCCAUUCUGCUUCUAGCAGAUUUGAAUCGAAACCUUAUCAGAUCAGGGUUAUAAACUUUAAUCAAUUUCCCACCUGAUAGUUUUUCCACUUGGGUUAUUGUGAAAUUCGUCAAAUUUGUGAAUAUGAACUCUCAUUUACAAGUUUUUGCGUAGUCUUGAAAUUUGUGAGUUUGAGCUUUAAAAUUACAAGUUUUCUGUAUCUGUUUUUUUGUUUCUUGAGCAAUAAUGGCUUCUUUAAUGCUGUAUGGGGUUGAGAAUCUUGCAAUUAUAAGAGGAAGAGUGUCACCAAACGGGUUAGGGUUUAACGGGUCGGAUUUGCAUGGGGGAAAAUCUUUCCUCAAAAUGAAUUUGGGCAUUGAGAAUUCGAAUUUUAGACGUAUAAGUAAGACCCUAUUUGUACCUAAGUGCAGUAUGUCUGUACCAAGGCCAGCUUCACAGCGUAGGUUCAUGCAACACAAAAAAGAGGCAUUUUGGUUCUACAGGUUUAUGUCAAUUGUGUACGAUCAUGUUAUAAAUCCGGGUCAUUGGACUGAAGACAUGAGAGACGAAGCCUUGGAACCUGCUGAUCUCAAUAGCCGUGAUAUGAUAGUAGUGGAUGUUGGUGGUGGGACCGGGUUCUCAACUUUGGGUAUUGUGAAACAUGUUGAUGCUAAAAAUAUUACUAUUUUGGAUCAAUCGCCACAUCAGCUUGCUAAAGCAAAGGAAAAGGAGCCAUUGAAGGAAUGCAAGAUCAUUGAGGGAGAUGCUGAGGAUCUUCCUUUCCAAACAGAUUAUGCAGAUAGAUAUAUAUCAGCCGGAAGCAUUGAGUGUUGGCCCGAACCGCAACGGGGCAUCAAAGAAGCAUACAGGGUUCUAAAGAUGGGAGGAAAGGCAUGUUUAAUCGGGCCUGUACAUCCAACCUAUUGGUUGUCUCGUUUCUUUGCAGACAUGUUUAUGCUGUUUCCAAAGGAGGAAGAAUACAUCGAGUGGUUUGAAAAGGCUGGAUUCAAAGAUGUUAAGAUCACGAGGAUUGGCCCAAAAUGGUACCGUGGGGUCCGUCGCCAUGGUCUUAUCAUGGGGUGCUCUGUUACCGCGGUCAAACUCAUAUCAGGGGAUUCACCGUUGCAGCUCGGCCCCAAAGUAGAGGACGUGAGGAAGCGGGUGAACAUGUUUGUGUUCCUUGCCCGCCUUAUCUUGGGUGCAAUUGCUGGUGGCUACUAUGUCAUGCUCCCCAUUUAUAUGUGGCUUAAGGACCGAAUUGUCCCCAAAGGUCAACCAAUAUGAAUAUGAGAGAUGGUUUAAGUCUAAAUUGCAUUUUGGUUUUUGUAUGAUAUGAUGCCUGGUUUUUAGUUUAAUCUUCAAGAAUUGAUUAGUAUUCUUAUAUGACAACCUUUCAAUUUUUUCAA